UUUUCGCUCAAAUUUAUUAAAUGAAAUUGAAAAAUUAGACCUUAAUCUCRGGAACAAAAGGUUUAGACAUGAAAUGCAAAUGGUAUAAGGCAACAAAGGAAGAAAAGUAAUAUAUUGCGGUCUUGUAUUUGACUGAUGUCCUCAUCUCGCAUGUAUUAGCAAAGGCGUYAAAUUCUCGAAAAAGCAAUCUACAAAGUGAAUUUAAAAUUGUGGAAAGAUAUAAACUUAUUUUACAGAAAAAGGACAGCGACCAAAGUGCUGCAGUAAAGAGACUCGUCAACAGCUGCCAGCGAAGACACUAAGUGAGACCACAACUAACCACCGUUUUGAAAAGAAAAGAAAAAAGCUGCCAAGUUAAACAAUUCCAAGUAAGACAGUAUAUUUCAAUCGGACCAUGAAACGCCACAGCAAAGAAUCAACAGAAAUGACAUCGAUUGAAGAUGGCAAUGUUAAUGGUUACGUUCACAAUUACGAUCUYUGYGACGCCACRAAACUCAAGACAGCAUUAAAACCUCUGUUUACAUCAAUGAGAAUUGUGGGAGCUGUGUACGGUGAUGUCUUUCACGCUUGCCGCUUAAAACCUAAUUCUGUGCGACCUUCUGCUAAAGCUUUUGAUUAUGAUGUCCAGCAACAAACUUCGUAYACGAGUCAAGGAAAGGGCUGGCGCCAUAAUUUGGGUUUCUGCUUCAGUAUCCUUGUCGCUKUKAUGAUUCUWKCRGGCUGUGUUCACCAAGUUUAUGAAGCAAUCAUGUCCCACAGCAUGAUGGACGUUAUGACUCGAGUUUUUCUACUUCUUUGGGUAACACUCUGCUUGCUUCAGCACCUYAUCUGCAUGUUCRUCACGUCGCAUAGGACUAAGAAAAACCCGCUUAACAGGUUUGACAAGCUAGUUAAAGCUAUACUGUCAGUUAGAGCGGCAAGUGUUUUAAGGACAAGAAGCUGUGUAAGAUAUACCGUUCUAUUUGGCUGGAUUUAUUAUAUUGUAAACAUAAUUGUUGUCUUKUUUGGGACUCACAAUCCUGACCAUSAUACUCGUACUAGCAUACGAGCCGUAUUCAUGGGAAAGUCAAAUUUGACUGUUGMCAAUAUCGAUGGCAUUAUUUAUGCUUAUACCAUCGCGAUUCCAUUCAUGUGUGGCGCUUGGACAAUUCCGACUUGCUUCUAUAUAUCAUUAUGCCUCUUAGUGGCUGGAUUUUUCAACGAUCUCUUUGAAAGAGCUUCCUAYKCUAUCUUGGAAAAGAAGAGCAUUAACUUGCAAGAUCUUCGGCGAGAAUAUGUUCGUCUAUGCAACGUGCUGUCCGCUUUAAAUGACUUGCUGUCACCUCUUGGGAUGUCGAUGUUCUCAGUUUAUAUCCCUCUUAUAUGUCUUAACAUUAAUGUUUGCAUCCAGACGUUCGACGAAGACUCGGUCAUCAAUCGAGUAGCGUAUAUUUUCUGGAUAACUGGAAAUAUUAUAACUCUUCUUGUCAUCUCCAUAUGUGGUGCCCAGGUUAACAAUUCGGCUUGUCGCUUGUCAGAAGUUCUUUAUAACAUCGAUGCCCAGGAACUGGACAAAAAAAGCGAGCUCGAGCUGAUGCUACUUUUGUCCAACUUAAAUACCAACUACGCGGGWCUUACCGUGGGAGGUCUGGUGACUAUAACCAAAGAAAUGAUUUUGACGAUUUUUGGGACCAUCGUUGGAUACCUUACAAUUCUCAUUCAAUUUAAAUGAGACCGAAUGACAUGCUAAGAAAUGUAUGGGUAAUAACUCAUGCAAGCUUCAUGCAAUACGUUCGAAAAAAUUCCAGAAAACAUGACAUGGCCUGUCGUUUCAUUAAAACAAUAAAGAUAAUACUAUAUUCAAGCGGGGACAGCUUCAAUAGAUUGCUCCUACUCAUGCCAUGCAAUAAAAUCUUGUUGUUA